AUGGUGACUGAUACCGUUUCGGCCGACCAGUCAAAACGGGAUGCGUAUACGAGCAGUGACUUGAAAGGACUGAAGGUGCAACACGAUAUGGAUCAGUUCAACACAGGCACUACAAUCUUGACUAUCGAGGAUACGGACAUACUGAAAGAUGAGG